AUGAACCGCAAGACCAUGGACGGCGGCAACCUGCUGGACUUUGUCCAGAGGUUCCAGCAGCUUCAGCUCCAGCGCGACACAAGCGACGAAUUGAUUAAGGACCUUCUGAUCUAUUGCGAACGUGUCGAGUCCGGUUUGCGGCAGGAGAACCAGAUUCUCCACUCACAGAUUAGCGAUGCAAACCUCGAUCUUGCAGAUGCGACUAAGUCUAGGCGCGAGUUACAGCAACGUGUAAAAGAGCUGGAGCAUCAAAUAGGUUUCAUGACCAUGGACGUUGAUCAUUUAAAGUUCAAACCAGAAUUUGUCAACAAGGGCAUUGACGGCGGAAAACAGGCCGCAUAUGCUCUUCGCACUGCCAUUUUGAAGGAAUGCCACAGCCUUGCCGGCGAGGUCGAAGUUAUAGCUAGAGUUGUUGCCAACCUCUCGGGUCUUGCAAAGGCGAUGAGAAAUGACGGCUCUUUAGAUCACGAGUCCAGGCAAGUCAAGCGAAAAAGGACCGGCACCGGGCGAGAUGCUGACAGCCGCGCAGAGGCGAUAAGGUGGAACCUUCGCAAUCAUAAUUGCAAACAACUUGUGCUUGGUGUCUCUCAUGACGCUGGUUAUGCCCCAUUUUUGGACGAAAUUCUUCGCGACGAGGCAAGCCGACGGCGCAUCACAAUUCUUGAGGGUACCCCCUCGACCAGGGACCUGGCUUCUGCGAACCUGAACACGCUGAACCUCAAUAACGAAUUGUUGCGCGCUGGAAAACUUGUCGACAAGACGCUCCGCAACCCGACACCCCCAUCAGCCAUGUCCUCUCCUGUCGCUGUCGUGGCGGGUAUGUCGCCUUUACCACCUCCUUCAGUUACUCCAGUGAGUGCGGCGGCGGCCGCCGCGGCGUCCUCUUAUGCUACCGCCAUCAAGAGCGCCAGUCCGCCCCCGCAAGUGACUCUCCCGUUUCAACCAAAACUGGUCAAAACACCAGUGGUGCGGCGCGAGAAGCUUCCUGUUUGGAACCCGGGAGUCAGGGGCUUGGAUCCGCCGUUGGAGGUUAACCAGGCAGCUUUGGACAACAUCAAGAAACGAAAGGACAACAACAAACUUUGCAAUAACCAUUACUUGAGGGGCCCUUGCGCCAAGGGCGACUCGUGUUGUUUUGAACAUAAAUAUCGACCAAAUGAAGCAGAGAAGACCGCCAUAGCCUUUCUGGCUCGCCUGAAUCCUUGUACUAACGGGCAGGACUGCGAAGUCGAUGAUUGUAUUUAUGGCCACCAUUGCCCUAGCACCCGCGACGGAAUGUGCACGCAUCCGUACUGCAAGUUCAAGGUGUUCGAGCAUCCACCCGGGACAAAGUUCAGGCAGACAUAUCAAUGGCUCGAUGAUGAGUAG